AUGUCCGCGUCGGCAAUUUUUGUUCUCGAUUCUAAGGGAAAGGUCCUCAUCUAUCGAAAUUAUCGUGAUGACAUAGACAUGAGCGUGAUUGAGAAAUUUCUCUCGAUCGUCAUAGAGAGGGAAGAUGAGGGCCAAAUUUCCCCCGUGAUCCACUACGAAGGUGCCAGUUUCAUCUAUGUCAAAUACAAUUACCUUUACCUUGUCGCAUUAACAAAAAGGAAUGCGAAUGCUGCAGUCGUUUUUGCAUUUUUAUAUAGGUUGAUUAAUAUCUUUCUUGAGUAUUUUAAAGAUCUGGAAGAAGAGAGUAUUCGUGACAACUUUGUCAUCACUUAUGAGCUCCUCGAUGAAAUAAUGGAUUUCGGUUAUCCCCAGACAACGGACUCUAAAAUACUUCAGGAGUAUAUCACCCAACAAAGCAGCAAACUUGAGAUUACGCCCAGGCCACCUAUGGCCGUUACUAACGCAGUAUCUUGGCGCUCGGAGUCAGUAAAGUAUCGAAGAAACGAAGUCUUCCUCGAUGUCAUCGAAAGCGUCAAUCUUCUUGUCAGCUCCACUGGCAACGUGCUGCAAAGUGAAAUCGUUGGUUGCAUAAAAAUGAAAGUUUAUCUUUCGGGUAUGCCAGAGCUGCGACUGGGCGUCAACGACAAACUCCGUUUGGAGCCCAAUGGCAAUCGAGGGAGGGGUAAGUCUGUGGAAUUGGAGGACAUCAAAUUUCAUCAAUGUGUCCGAUUGUCGCGUUUCGAAAACGAUCGAACAAUCUCCUUCAUCCCACCCGAUGGGGAAUUCGAACUCAUGUCCUACCGCCUGAACACUCACGUGAAGCCUCUGAUUUGGGUUGAGUCUGUGAUUGAAAUGCAUGCUCACAGCCGCGUGGAGUACAUGGUAAAGGCAAAGGCGCAGUUCAAGCGUCGCAGCACGGCAAACCAGGUGGAAAUCCGCAUUCCCGUGCCCAGUGAUGUGGACUCUCCGCGUUUCAAAACCACCGUGGGGACCUGUAAGUACGUCCCAGAGGAGAACCUGGUGGUGUGGAGCAUCAAAAGCUUUCCUGGCGGCAAAGAGUACAUCAUGCGCGCCAGUUUUGGUCUCCCCUCCGUGGAGGGCGACACCGCUGGCGAGUCGCGGCCACCCAUCUCGGUGCGCUUCGAGAUUCCCUACUUCACUGUCUCUGGUCUCCAAGUGCGUCCACCCAAGCCUUUUCUUUUGUUGUAUCUUGAAAUGAACAAGACGGUGUACGACACCAUUGAAAGCGCUGCUUUUGGGCCAGAUGUGAUUAAUGCAUGCACGUCUACACCAUCUCGUAAUAUUCAACUCACGACAGAGAUUAAGGAGACUGAAGCUCAAUCAAAAUUUUUUAAUGAGCGUGUAUCUCAAAUUGAAACCUAUUUCGGAGAUCUCUGCACUGAAUUUAUCAGCUAUACACGCAGAACAGCAAAGCUGAGGAACAACGGGGAUGAGUUGUCCAAAAUUCUGCUGAGCUAUUCAGUCAAUGAGAAAAUCAAUCGAACAACAGCACGAACGCUGAGGAAAUUUGCGGAACUACUUUCCACCCUCGAAGACUACAGACAUGCUGAAGUAGAUAGGUUGUUUGCCAAAGUCAUCACUCCUCUUUCCACUUACGGUGAUGAAGUCAAGAGAAUUAAGGCUAGUUUACUGUAUUAA